CUCAGCCACCAUACAACAACAGCUCGCGACAACGUAGCAAACAAAACCUUGUUCUCAAAGUUUUCUCUCCAAGAUUCUUGUAAACCUUAAUUUCUUGUUCAGAUCUCUUGAUUUUGUCCUGAAGAGGAAGAUGAUGAGCAGGAGCGCAACAAGGGUGGCGCGAUCGGUGCUAACCCACGUCGGCCCGCGUUACUUCUCGACCGCCGUCUCACGAGGCGGUGCUGCAAGUGAUGUAGCAGCACUUGGUGGCUAUGUUCAUGGUGGCGCCGCUAACUUUGUCCAUGGUCCUGCUAAGGGUCCUGAAAAAGUGGUGGUGACGUGGAUGAGGGUCCCGGUUCUUGGGUCGCGUAACGCCAGUACAUUGGCUUUGGGUGAGAGGCAGCAGGAGGAGGAGAAAAAGAAAGUGCAGGCGGGAUCGGAUGGUGGCGCCGCCGCUGGUGGUGGUGGAAAUGGUAAUAAGUCGAUUGUCAGUUACUGGGGCGUUGAGCCUGCGAAGGUUACCAAAGAGGAUGGCUCGGAAUGGAGGUGGAACUGCUUUAGGCCAUGGGAGGCAUACAAGGCUGAUUUGUCAAUAGAUCUGAGUAAACAUCAUGCGCCAGUCACAUUUUUGGACAAGGUGGCCUAUUGGACAGUCAAGGCUCUUAGAUUUCCUACUGAUUUAUUUUUUCAGAGGCGGUAUGGCUGGCGUGCAAUGAUGCUGGAGACGGUUGCGGCCGUCCCCGGGAUGGUGGGAGGCAUGCUGCUGCACUGCAAGUCGCUGAGGCGGUUCGAGCACAGUGGCGGCUGGAUAAAGGCCCUCCUUGAAGAAGCUGAGAAUGAGAGGAUGCAUCUCAUGACCUUCAUGGAGGUGUCUCAGCCGAGGUGGUAUGAGCGCGCCCUCGUCUUUGCGGUCCAGGGCGUCUUCUUCAACGCCUACUUCUUGACGUAUCUCAUUUCUCCAAAGCUGGCUCACCGCAUUGUGGGCUAUUUGGAAGAAGAAGCAAUUCAUUCCUAUACAGAGUUCUUGAAAGAGCUGGACAAGGGCACCAUUGAGAAUGUUCCGGCUCCGGCUAUUGCUGUUGAUUAUUGGCGCCUGCCGAAGAACUCAACACUUCGUGAUGUCGUCAUGGUUGUCAGAGCCGAUGAGGCCCACCACCGUGAUGUCAACCACUUUGCAUCGGAUAUUCACUACCAGGGACACGAACUGAAGGAAGCACCGGCCCCGAUCGGAUAUCACUAAUAAGAUGGACAGAGGUUUCUGAUCUACACUAGGGAACGCGGCAUGAAGAAUGAAUCUCACUCUGAUUUAUAUCUUAAAAUGUUGAUUUUUUGUUGUCCUUCUUUCUCUGUGUUUGGUCUUGAAGAGUCUGAAUUAUGUUUAUGUACAUAAAUUUCAUUGUCAGCACAAAUAUAUAUGUUGAUGAGCGUCGGGUAUUGAUUAAUAAAGAUGUAAAGUUUUGGACCGAUACUAAUUUACGCUUGUAAAUGUGGUUUAAAUUGGCAGGAUUACAUCCUGCACUUUCUUCUGAAGAAAAACUGGUUUCUAGACGGGGAAAUUGGAUUGAGUUGGAUUGUGAAGUAUCUCAGAAGCAGUCUCCAUUAGUAUAUAGAUUAAUUUGAAAGGAAGUUGCUUUUGAAGACUAUAAAAUUGCGCGGCAGAGCUAUUCUCAGUUCAUUUCUUCGCAAAACUGAAAAGGGAUUUAGGCGAAACCAGAGGAUGGCAAUCUGCUUGAGCCAAUCUGUUGAAUUCCUGAAUGGAAUUCUUGUUUAGGUUUACUAUUUUAAAAGCUAAUGAGUUGGUGAGUGUGAAGGGUUCAUGUGGUAACAAGAAGGUCAAGGAAAAGUAGCAGCAAACCGCACGUCUCCUACGGUCUAGGAGACUACCUGAGGCGUGAAGGUAUUAUGUUGGGACUUGGCGAACUCUCUGCCUCACAAUCUUUAUGUGGAGAGGAAGAGAAGUCAUCUACAUUAUUACAUCAUAGAACAUAGCUUCUUUUACUGAAGUACUGUGGUAACAUGUUUCUUUACGCAUUUGCUUGUGUUCCAAUGGAACAGUUGAGUUCAGGUAGCAAGAGAAAAGGCACAAUCAUCUGAUCUUAAGCUGUUUGAUGUAACAUAAACUCAAAAUGCCAUCAGUGGACAGAGCAAUCAUUCUCCAUUUGUUAUUACCACGUAAUGCCAACUGAGAUUCUGCAGCAAUUGCACAGAACAAUUUACAAAAAAGACACCAAAUCAGUCCCGACGAACAUCUAUGGGAAACAAUGGUAACAGAGGAAGAUCAUUAUAGCGAGCACCAACAACCCUGAUUGGCGUCCCUCUUCUGACAACACCCAAUGCAGCAAAAAGAAGCCUAUGACUAACAGGCAUCCCCACCCAAGUUCCUCCCCGUUGCAUUUCACAGAAGCCAAGUAAGCACCAGCCAAGUAUAUGAUCAGUAUCAGCAUGAGGGGGCCGAGAAGCAUAGUAGUCACCGUGUACAUUACAAGAAUCAGAGCAAGAGGUAACACUAUUGUGUGGCUGGUGGAAUAGACGGCUAGGAGCACCAGAACCGGUAUAAAGAUGAAGCAUGUAAAGACAGCAUUUUCGCCCUCCGACACCAGGGGGAGAUUGAGGCUGACAGAGGAGGAGCUGCCACGGAGGAGUAGGCCUAAUCCCACCACCGCAAGAAGGGGGACGACAGGAGACGGCCCUUUUGGCAUAUCAGACGGCUGCUUCAAACUCUCUGUAUUCAUGAUCAACCAAGAACAAGAUGCCGUUGAGUCGAUGGCUUGAUUUCACUUCGUCUUUACUUCCACUUCGCAUUCAUUGUGCAAACUUCAUCCAACAAAUGUACAUAUAUAUAUAGACAGAGAACUCAUUGUA